AUUCAGUUUAGUGCAGUGUUUACAUUUUGCAAGGCAGGAAAUUAAGCGCGUAUUCCUGGCCAGUUUUUUCAGUUUAUUCUCUUGAAAAUGUCCGAUAAUGAGUAUGAAAAGUUUGAGAUCAGUGAUUAUGAUCUGGAAAAUGAAUUCAAUCCCAAUCGCCGGCGGAGGAUGACUAAAAAUCAAAAGAUUUACGGCAUUUGGGCUGAUGACAGUGACAAUGAGGAUGUCCAGGAUUUUCCCCGGAAAGGUAGGGCUAAGGAUUACUCAGCUCCGGUAAGUUUUGUCGCUGGUGGUGUCCAGCAAGCUGGCAAGAAGAAGGAAAAGGGUGAGGAAAAAUCUGACGAAGAGGAUGAUGAAGGAGAUGCUCGGCCUAGUUUUUCAUCCCGGACAAAUUAUGGCACUUCGAGUGAGUCUGAUGGAGAGGCACCUUCUAUUCAGACUACAGCCGGCUUCCGUCGAGCUGCUGGGCCACAAAUCUCUGGGAAUAUGGGAAAGUGGGAAGCGCAUACAAAAGGGAUUGGAGCAAAGCUCUUGCUUCAGAUGGGCUAUCAGCCGGGCAAGGGAUUGGGCAAGAGUCUGCAGGGUAUUUCGACGCCAGUUCAGGCACAUGUGCGCAAAGGCAGGGGUGCUAUUGGGGCGUAUGGACCGGAGAAAUCUUCCACUUUGGCUGAUCAGAAGCCUGUGAAGAAAAUCGAUGAAGAUGAGAAGGAAGAGAAGGAAUUCCGGGAGAAAUUGAGUCAAUGGAGACGUGAUGAUACGGUCAAGGGGAAGAAAUCCAAGUAUGUGUACAAGAGUGCCCAGGAUGUCAUUGAGAAGGGCAAGAAGGGGCCGUUUAUUGAUAGAUUGUCCAGUAAAUUGGGAAAUGUCACGGUGAUUGACAUGACAGGGCCGGAAAAGAGAGUUCUCAGUGGAUACCAUGCCUUAGGUCAGACAAAAGCUGCCGAUGAGACACUUUAUGAUCCCAAAGCUGCCAAAAAACCCAUAAAUUUUGCCCUUCCGGAACUCAUGCAUAACCUCAAUUUAAUUGUGGAUCUCUGUGAGCAGGACAUCAUUGGGAUUGACAAGAGUCAGAGGGCAGCAAAUGACAAGGAAACUGCUCUGCAGCAUGAUAAGGAGAAUUUGCGGAAGAUUGUGGAUUUGGAGGAGAAGCACAUCUCAACGUUGGAGAAAGUCGUGGAUUUGGUGAAGAAACUCGUCAAUCCGGAGGAUGAACUGACCUUGGACGAGGCUGAAAGGUGUUUCCUGACGCUCCAGAUGGACUUUCCGGGGGAAUAUCGGGAAUUUGGACUGUGUGACUUGGCUUCUGGGGUAAUUGCUCCGCUCGUAGCUGGACACCUGAAAGCCUGGAAGCCACUGCAGGAGCCCACAAAGCACAUUGAGCUCAUCAAACGCUGGAAGGGAAUCCUCGAGGUGCAUUCAGCAGAGACUCGCAACAUUUUCAAUCCCUACUCGGCUCUUGUUUGGUCAGGAGUGGUUCCAUCGAUUCGGCAGGCUGCUGGACUCUGGGAUCCUCGAUUGCAUCAACCAAUGGUGGUUCUCCUGGAUUCAUGGGCUCCCCUCUUUCCCACCUGGGUUUUGGACAGUGUCCUAGAACAGAUUGUCCUGCCCAGACUUCAGGCAGCUGUCGAAGCCUGGGAUCCCCUCACAGAUACCCUUCCCAUUCACGUCUGGAUCCAUCCCUGGACUGGACUCCUCGGCACAAAAAUGGAGGAAUCAAUCUACGCAACCAUUCGCGAGAAACUAGCCAAUGCCCUGACCUCCUGGACACCCCAAGAUCGUUCAGCGCGUGCAAUGCUCCUGCCCUGGAAAAAUGUCUUCCCGGACGGAGAUCUCCAAGCAUUCCUGCUCAAAAGUAUCGUACCCAAACUCCAGAUUGUCCUAGCGGAAUACAUAGUUAAUCCCCUGCAGCAGGAUUUAGAGCCAUGGAAUCAAGUUUGGGAGUGGAAUGAACUGCUGAGUCCGGUCAUGAUGGCUCAGAUGCUGGACAAAUACUUUUUCCCCAAAUGGAUGCAGACUCUUGUGAUCUGGCUCAAUCAGUCUCCGAAUCUCGAUCAGGUUUCCCGGUGGUAUUCUGGGUGGAAGAAUAUGAUGUCUGACGACGUGCUCCAGCAGACAGUUAUCAAGGAACACUUCCGUCGCGCUCUUGAGAUCAUGCAUCGCGCCACAGCUACGCCGAUCCCAAUGAUGGGCGUAGAGAUGCCUACAAUUGAUCUCACGGGGCCUCCAAGUGUUGUUCCAGCCCCACCGUCUCUCAUGGAUUUGCAGCUGCAGCCGCCAGUGGCCAUGGAGUUUAAGGAAUUGGUUCUGCAGAAAUGCUCAGAGCGCGGGAUUAUCUUUGCGCCGAUGCCUGGGAGGAGGGAGAUGGGCAAGCAGGUCUAUCGCAUUGGGAAGAUGUUCUGCUACAUCGACAGAUCUGUGAUUAUGAUGAGCGAUGGGAAUCUGAGCAACUGGAUGCCAAUGUCACUCAAUGCAGUUCUCGAGAAGGCUAUUAUCGGGUGAAUUGGAAGCUUUUGCAAACAAAACUUAAUAAAAAAAAAAGAUAUAAAAAAUCGUAAAUUUAUUAAAUAAAUAAUACAAAAUUUUAAAA